UCAGCAGCAGCUUCAGUUCCGUGGACACAUAUGCACACACACACACACACACACACACACAAUCAGUUUACACGCCGCUGACCUCCGUCCACUGCUGCUCCGCUGCUACUUGUUUUCAUGACUUUUCGGCGACGCAAACAGUCUCUGGAGUGGAAUACAAAGCUUCAGGGGUCAGUGGAUUAGCACUGAGCGUAUGGGACUGUUCUGACUGCAGUGAAGCUUUUUAACUGGACUUUGAUGAAGACUCUGUCUCCUGUCGGAUGAUGGCUCUGGCAGUCUCCGUCAUCCCAGUACUUGGCAUUAUUCUGAAAAUCAGCUGUGCUGCUGCCAUUGAACUGCGCUUUAUGCCCGACCCACCGACACUUAACAUCUAUGGCAUUCAUAGGAUGAAUAAAUCCGACAACCUGGAACUGACAUGCAGAGGUCGUCAGUACCUGAGGUGGUCGACUCCUCCCAUAAGCACUCGCUUCUCUGUCAGUGACUGCAGCGGAUCAGGACUCUUCUGCACAACACUGAGGAUCUCCAAUGCAACUGUCAAUGAAACUGGACAGUAUCAGUGUUCCUACAGAGACCUGAAAGUCGAAGAUGGCAAGACUGCAGCUGCGGCUUAUGUCUUUGUCCACGAUUACAAGGUGCCAUUUGUGCCGUCUGAGAAAGAAUAUGAGGUGGUGUUCAUCCGUGAAGGGGAGCGGGUGGUGAUACCUUGCCGAGGCUCGGUGGAGAAUCUCAACGUUACGCUCCACACUAAGUAUCCAAAUAAGGAGCUUCAUCCCGAUGGGAAGGAUUCACACUGGGACGCAAAGACGGGCUUCACUGUUCCCAGCUAUCUGAUCAGCUACGCUGGCGUCGUGUCCUGCCAGACCCGGGUCGGAAAUGAGACGUUUAAGUCCCCUCUCUACAUUGUGGCUGUUGUCGGAUACAAGAUCUAUGACCUCACCCUGACCCCGGCGCAAGUGAGGCUGUCUGUGGGGGAGCGGCUGGUGCUCAGCUGCACUGCCCACACCGAGCUCAACGUGGGCAUCGAAUUCAACUGGACUCACUCUGGUCAGGCCCUGACCUCAGUGAAUGGUUCGAGGCCGACCCACGAGACGCCCCACAAGAAGAAGCUGUGGAACUCUCUGGAGCUGUCCAACACACUCACGGUGGAGAAUGUGACAGUCGACCACAGUGGAGAAUACACCUGCACUGCGUCCAGUGGACAGAUGGAGAAAAGUGCCUCUGCAGUGCUUAAAGUGUAUGAGAAGCCUUUCAUUGAUAUGAAAGAGCCAUGGAUGAAGGUUUGGGAGGUAAAUGUGGGAGAUCUGACCACCCUGAUCCCUGUCAAGUACUCAGCCUACCCAGAACCCAGCUUUAAAUGGUUAAAAAAUGGCCUACCAAUGAAGGAUGAUUACAGAAUAAAGCAGAGGAAUGAUGCCCUCAUCAUCCGUGCAGUCACAGAAAUGGAUGCAGGGAAUUACACAAUUGUCCUGACCAAUAAGAACACUAAAGAGGAACACAGACGCUCCUUCCAGCUGCUGGUCAAUGUGCCCCCACAUAUCAUUGAGAAGGAGGUGGCUGUGGACACUGAUGUAUACCCAUAUGGCAGCAGCCCCACCCUGAGGUGCACCGCUCGUGGAUUUCCCACACCUGUGCACAUCCACUGGCAGUGGAUGUCCAAAGAGGACUGUCCAGAGGUCUUUAUGUCAGGGCUGAUAAAGUCUGAGAUACAGCUUAAGGAGUGUACUGGUUGGAGAGAUAUCAGCAACAGCUCUGGUCACAACCAUGUGGAACGAAUUAUGACAGACACUGAUCACGCCCAAAAGAAAAUCGUGAGCUCACUGAAGAUUCAAAAAGCAGAGGCCCAUGCCCUCUACAGAUGCAUGGCUGCCAACAAAAUAGGAAAGGAUUCACGCAUCAUUUUUUUCCAUGUGACACGCGGCCUUGAGGUGAGUGUGUCACCAUCCAAUCAGCCCUUAGAGGAGCUCAUGGAUGUAGUUUUGAGGUGUAAGGCGGACCGGGUGAUCUACGGCAACCUGGCCUGGUUCCGUGUGACCAACAUCUCAAAGUCAGAGCAGGUGGCGCCGGUACAACCCUGCCGCUCCCUGUCAUUGCAGCCGAGGCCCCUAUCGCAGGUGGUGCUGUCCAGCCCACAGGCCACCAACAUAACACUGGAGUUGCCGCUGCUCAACGCAUCCCGUCAGGAUGAGGGCCUAUACGCCUGUCAGGUGGAAAACAUCAAGACGAGGGAGAGAACUUGUCUGCUACGCCGACUCUCUCUCAGAGGUCUGGAGGCUGCGAGGAUCCUUAAUAAUUUAACCGACCAAAAAGUUAACGUAAGUGCAACGAUUACUCUCCAUUGUGAUGCUGCUGGGACGCCAAACCCAACGGUGGUGUGGACCAAAAACAACCACACUGUGGUGGAGGGCUCAGGUGUUAUUCUGAGCCAGCACAACCAUGUUUUAACCAUUCAGCGUGUGAAGAAGGAGGACAGUGGUCUGUACAACUGCACUGCGUGUAACAGCCUUGGCUGUGACACCUCACUGGCCUUUCUGAUGACUGAAGGCGCAGAGGAAAAGACGAAUGUGGAACUGAUUGUUCCGAUUGGGUCAGUGGUCAUCGCCAUGUUUUUCUGGUUGCUGAUCGUCUUUGUCAUCCGUGGAAGAAAAAGACCAAAUGGUGGGGAUCUGAAGACGGGCUACCUGUCCAUGAUCCUGGACUCAGAGGACAUGCCCAUGGACGAGCAGUGUGAAAGGCUCACGUAUGAUGCUAACAAGUGGGAGUUUCCUCGGGACAGGCUGAAGCUCGGUGAACCACUGGGACGAGGAGCGUUUGGCCAGGUAGUAGAAGCAGCCGCGUUUGGCAUUGAGAAAGCAACUACAUGCACCACUGUUGCAGUCAAGAUGCUUAAGGAGGGAGCCACAUCUAGUGAGUACCGUGCCUUGAUGUCAGAACUAAAAAUUCUCAUUCAUAUUGGACAUCAUCUCAAUGUUGUCAACCUUCUGGGAGCCUGUACAAAGCCUGGGGGGCCACUGAUGGUGAUUGUAGAGUACUGUAAACAUGGAAACCUCUCCAGCUACCUGAAGAGCAAGCGUGGAGAGUACAGUCCAUACAAGAGGAAGCGGGUGGAUAGCCAGAGGUGGGCAUCUGCAGAGGAGGAUGUGACUGGAGGGGAUCUGGGUCUGGGGAAGAUUGCCCAGCUGGACAUCUGCACGGGAACCGCUGUCUGCUCUGCAGCUGGAGACAAGGCUUCAGGCAGCAACCUGGACUCUCGGGAAGAGAGCUCAGACGAUGACCAUCUGACCAUGGAGGAUCUGAUAAGCUACAGCUUCCAGGUGGCCAAAGGCAUGGAGUUUCUGUCCUCUCGCAAGUGUAUCCACAGAGAUCUAGCAGCCAGAAACAUCCUGCUUUCAGAGAACAAUGUGGUGAAGAUCUGUGACUUUGGCCUUGCUAGAGAUGUCUACAAAGACCCUGACUAUGUCCGCAAAGGAGAUGCACGUCUCCCUCUAAAGUGGAUGGCUCCUGAGACCAUAUUUGACCGGGUGUACACCACACAAAGUGAUGUUUGGUCCUUUGGGGUCCUUCUCUGGGAGAUCUUUUCUUUGGGGGCCUCUCCCUAUCCGGGUGUUUGCAUCGAUGAAUCUUUCUGCAGAAGGCUUAAGGAAGGCACCAGGAUGAGACCCCCAGAAUACGCCACCACUGAGAUAUACCAGACCAUGUUGGACUGCUGGUUGGAUCGUCCUACAGACCGGCCGACGUUUGCAGAGCUGGUUGAACAUCUGGGCAAUCUGCUACAGGCCAGUGCUCAGCAGGACGGGAAGGACUACAUCCCCCUGACAGCAGGUGAGACAGAGGGAUCACCAGUGGCCCCUGACCCCAGGAGCCCCUACAGCAGACCUCAAAGUGGGGAAAUCCUAGAGGCUCAGCUCCACUACGACAGCCCGCCGUCUCUUGGACCGUCCCAACAGAGUGAAAGGUGCAGUCGGCCCCUCAGUGUGAAGACGUUUGAGGACAUCCCUGUGGCACACAGCAUUGUCAUGGAGGGUCACAUAGACAGUGGCUUCUCACCAGAGGAGGUCAAGGGUCUGAAUCAACACCUGCAAACCACGCCCAACUUCAGCCAACUGCUACGCUGUAAGAGUAAAGAGUCUCUGGCCUCAGAAUCGUCCAAUCAGACGAGUGGAUACCAGUCAGGGUACCACUCUGAUGACACAGACACCCCAAUCUAUGCUAACGAGGAGGUGAUAAUGAAGCACAACAUGCUGAAGAAGAAGCCUCCACUGCCCAAGACGCCUGACAAGUUCAACGUGGAGAUCCGUUACAGCACGCCACCUGUCUGACCCCCAAAAUAUAUCCUCCCCACUAGAACCUUAUCCCUGAGUGUUUUCACUGUACAGUAAUUGUUCACCUUUCACAGGUAUUACACUUUAGGAACAAUGACAACACAUGCAAUAGAGCUCCGUUUGCUGUGGUGUUGAUAUGUUUUUACAAGAGAUAACUUAAUUAGUCAGCAAAGAAACAUGAAGGUUGUAUGAAAAGUUAGUAAGCGCAGCUCUCCUUGGACAGCCGGAGGAAUGCUAUCAUGUUUACACAGUGAGUAAAAGGUCUGGGCAGCCAAGACACAAGGACACUCCUACUUCCUGAGGCAAAAUCCACCCACUUCCUCUAUUGCAGGAAAUGGCAUCUGGAAUUUUUAGAUAAUUGAAUCAGCAAAUGUUUUCUUUUUUCAUCCUUUUUUUUUUUUUGUCAGCACACUUAGUAGCUGGUAAGGAGGCAGUUCUCUUAUCUCAAUCUUAAUCAUUUGUACAGUUCCUUUAUUCAUAUAGCUUACAGUAUUUUAUUGAAAGUGCAUUACUAAACUUGCAAUAAAUGUAACUAGUUUUAUAAAAUAAAAAUACUCACAGAUUAA